AUGUCCCUCCAUCUAAAUGGCAUCGCCCUGAUCACCGGCGCAGGCCAUGGAAUCGGACGAGAGUGCGCCCUCGGAUACGCCGCUGAGGGCGUCAAAGGCAUUAUCCUCGCCGACACCAGCUACGACGCCGCUCUCGAUGCCGCACAGGAGAGCGAGACCGUCGCGACAAACCCAGCCUUCACGGCGGUAGCCACGCAAGUCGACAUGACAGACCCCGCCAGCAUCGCAGGGAUGGUCAGCAAAGCAAUGAAAACAUUCGGCAGAGUCGACUACUACGUCGACAGCACAAGGGCAGGGUAUACAAACCUCCCAGCAACGGGGUCAUCGGAACAAGAUCGUAUCUGGCAAGACAGCGCGGAGGGAACACUACACUGCAUCCACGCCGUGGCACAGGUGAUGAAGAGCCAGGCCGUUGGGAAGUACAAGUACCGCGGACGAGUGCGAGAAGCGGGCCGCGGGUCCAUCGUUACCGUAGGAGCGCCCAGUACCGACCUGGGCAGGAAUACCGUUGCUGAAGAUGCAGUCCUCAGACUGAUCCGUAAAGCCGCGAUUGGCCUCGCUACGUGUGGAAUCCGAGUGAAUACGGUCUGUCCGGGGUUGACGGACGACGUGGACCCGGUUCUCAAUGAGAAGAUUGACCCGCUGGUGAUGAAGAGUGCCGUUCCCAUGACCCGGCCGGCGAGGCCUGAGGAGAUCGCCGACAUUGCCUUGUUCCUGAGCAGUCCUAGAGCUAGCUAUGUGACCGGUGCGGCCUGGGCUGUCGAUGGCGGUAUGAAGGUGCAGGCUGAGGCAGCCAACGAGAUGGGUAAUUAG